AUGGUUUGGCACCGACUCAACCAGCUCUGUGCAGAGGUCCGGCAAGCUGUUAAGUCAGACCGCUGCCGCUACCUCCAGCAACUUGUUGACGAAGUCGAACAGGCCGACCUUCGCGACCCUCGCCACCUGUACCGGUGCGUCCGCAGAGCCUUCCCUAAGGCCGCGUCUGCCAAAAGGUCCCGCUUUACUCCGCUUCCAGCGGUCGCACUUCCCAAUGGAGAGCUCGCAGUUACUUCGGCUGACCGUGCGGCCCGUUGGCAGAGCCACUUUGCUGCCCAGGAAUGCGGGCGGCCAGUCACGCCUGCCGCCUACAGUGAACAGUUUGCUGACACUACAAAGAGGCCCCAGUCCACUGCACCUACUGUCUUCGACCGGGGGCUGCUACCCUCGCUCGCUGAGCUAGAGGCAUCAGUGCUCCAGCUCAAGAGGGGUAAAGCUGCUGGCGCCGACGGGUUACUGCCUCUUUUUGUCAAAAGCCUGCUCACAUUACGCGAGCCAGUUGAGUUUAAAGGCGGCGCACUCAUGACGUUAGCCAAGAAGGCAGCAGCAGCAUUCACAUGUGACAGAUACCGGAGCAUCCUUCUGUCAAGCGACCUCAUGGGCGGCGUCCAACCUGGAGUUGGGGUGGACUCGAUUGCUGCUGCUGUCAGGAGCUUCCAAGCCCACGUCGGCGAGCACCCCGCCGUCGUGUUCUUUGACGUACGUGCGGCGUACUACCAAGUUGUCCGCGAUGCAGCUCUCGCUGAGCUCCAUGACCACCUCGUCACGCUGAUCCACAUCGUGGACAAUGGCGGCUCGGCCCAUCUUGAAGCCAUUACCCGCGAACUCUUCGCGGGCACAUGGUUUAGACUAGACCAGCACGUGGACUUGGUCGCAACCUCGGCGGGCGUCCGUCCAGGCGACCCGUUAGCCGAUGUGUUUUUUGGGCUGAGUUUUAGCGCAUAUAUUCGCUCGGUGCAGGACUCCCUCCGCAGCCAAGGCCUUGUUACGGUGCUGCCACCAUGUGCCACUAGUCUGCCAGUGGACGGCCUUUCUGUUUCUCGUGAGCUCCCGCCGGCGUCAUGGGCGGACGACUUCGCUGCCAUGCUGUCGGCCGCUGGCCCUGCUCAGGUCGUACACAAGGUGACGGCCACCACCACGGCCUUCCUCACACAUGCCACGUCUAUUGGCAUGCAGUUGUCCUUCGCUGUCGACAAGACUGCCGCCUUGCUGCCACCACAGGUGCUCUUCGCGGGCGUGUGCGAGCCUCCGCUCCCAGACGGAGUUGACAAGGAACAUGCCAUACUCGUGCGUGAUGAUAUCACCCAGUGCAGUGUGCGGCUGCCUGCCGUUCAGGCCUAUAAGCACCUUGGGGGGAUAGUCACCUGCACUGCGUCACUCCUGCCUGAGAUUUACUAUCGCUUCUCCCAGUGCACUUGGACGCUGCGACCCCUCCGGGGCACGCUCUUUGGCAAUCCCAGUAUUCCACUGCCCUUGCGGCGGACCCUGCUUGGUUCGCUUGUUGCCACCAAGUUCACUUUUGGCUCCGCUACCAUGGAGUUGCAUGUUGCGUGUCAGUGGAGGCUUUGGGCACGGCUCUAUACGUCCAUCUGGAAGGCGAUGCAGCCACGCUCCUCCGCCGCCCAAAAAAUCCACUCCUACGAGGUGCUCCGUCAGGCGUGCGCCCUGGCACCGCCUCUCGCACUUGCCAAAGCCCGGGGCAGCCUGUAUCUGCGAGUUUUGGAGCACGGGCCAUCGACUCUUUUGCAGCUUUGGUGGUUACAGUGGGAGUCUUCGCCCAGCCGCUCUUGGCUUGCGAUGUUACGGGGUGACCUGGACUAUGUCGCCCUGUAUUGCCCGGCUGUUCGUCUCCUACUGGACUCUGAAUGCCCGCUGCACGCCCUCACCGAGGCUAUGCUGCAGGACCGCACCUGGUGGAGGAGACAAAUCAACGCCGCUGCCCGGCUUUAUUUCGAGGACCUCGACCGUUGGGCACGCCGCAGGGCUGAGACACCUUCCGGCGCGGCGUCACUUUCCCCCCGUGCGGAUGCCGAAUACCAGUGCCCUUUCUGCCCUGCAGGCUUCCCUCUCAAAAAACACCUCAGCGUGCACAUCGCCCGCCGGCACGGCCUACCGGCAGUGACGGAGUGGAACUGGACGGACAUCUUUCCUCAGCAGCUUUGGCCCAGUGAGGAUGGCGGCUAUCCUUAUGCUGAGCUGUAUUGCGGCCUGGGAGCACUCUUUACGCAUUUCCUGAACGGCGUCACUGAACCUCUGUGGGAGAAGUUUCAGGGCCAGAGCGAUGGGGAUUGCGCCUGUGAAGAGAGGCCGAUUGAGGGCGUCGUCAUAGAAGGGACAUCUGUCAGCACUGCGCCAACCAGUCCGCAGGCAAAGGAGCAGGAGUCACCACGAGUGGCAGUGGGACCUGUUCUGAUGAUGGCCCUCUCCAUACACUCCCUGCUGGAAGGUCUGAGUCUGGGAGCUGCCGGGGCGAAGGCUGCAUGGGGGCUCUUCCUAGCGAUCUUCUUCCACAAGGGCAUCACGGCCUUUGCGCUGGGAGUCGCUUGGUUAAGGUCACUCCCCGACUGGCGCAUCUUCCUGGUGGCUAUGUUCUGCUUUUCUGUAGCCACUCCCAUCGGAGUUCUUAUCGGUGAGAGUGUGGAAGGAAGCAAGGUGGGAGCUGUGCUGCAGGCCUUGGCUGCAGGAAUUUUCCUUUACAUCGGACUGACAGAAACGGCUCCUGGGGUAAUGAAGCCCUGGCUGAAGGGGGUUUGGUGCGGCUUGCAGAUGAUUUGCACCCUGCUUGGAUUUGGAGCUUUCGCCCUCCUGGCGGUCUGGUGCUGA